AAAAAAAAUAUGUCAUAACAAUAAUAUUAGGACAUUUUUCUAACCUAGAUACGAAGGGAAUUCAAUCCACUACCUUAGAUAUUUCUGAAGUUCAUUUAAACUCGUGUGUCUUUUGUUAAGUUAUUUUUAUUCACAUCAAAUAUGACUACUAUUUCAAGUGAAGAUGUAAUCAAGGAGAAAAUACUCAACGUAGCUAAAAAGAAUCCCAAAGGUAUUUCUGAUAAAGAUAUAACAGCGGCAAUCCCUGAACUUUCAACAGGUGAACGCAUUGCAGUUAUCAACAAACUUUUACAGCAAGGUUCUAUCGACUUGUUUAAUCAAGGUGGUUCUCUAAUUUAUAGAUUAAAAAUACAAACCAAUAAACAAGCAGUCAAAGGUGCAGAUAAUGAAGAGAAAGUUGUUUUCAAUUUGAUUGAAGAGGCUGGUAACAAAGGUAUCUGGAUUCGGGAUAUUAGAGUUCGGUCAAACUUGGCUAACACACAACUAAAUAAAGUUUUAAAAAGUUUGGAAAGCAAGAAACUUAUAAAAGCUGUAAAAUGUGUCAAUGCUUCCAAGAAAAAAGUUUAUAUGCUUUACAACUUAGAACCAGACAGAUCAAUCUCAGGAGGAGCUUGGUACCAGGAUCAAGACUUUGAGUCCGAGUUUGUAGAUGUUCUGAAUCGGCAGUGUUUUAAAUUCCUACAGCAAAGGGCAGAUAAAAUAAAAAACAAUCCCCAAGGACCAAUUGUAGGCAGGACCCAAUCUUAUGCAACUGCUGCUGAAGUACAAAAAUAUAUAACUGAUUUAGGUAUAAGUAAUGUAAAACUAGAGGUUGAAGAUGUGAUAACAAUAUUGAAUACUUUAGUUUAUGAUGGUAAAGCAGAAAGCAGUAUUUAUCCAGAUGGAAGCAAAGUGUACAGAGCAAUAGAGCCUCUCCUACCCACCACAGGGCUGGUGCAAGUACCAUGCGGAGUGUGCCCACUUAUUCACAAGUGCACCACAACAGGACUUGUAAAUCCCCAAGAUUGUGUAUAUAUCAAUGAGUGGCUUGAAUAGUAAAUUGUUUGUAAAAUUA